AUGCACCCUUUUGCUCCAAUUCUGGUUCUGACCCUAGCAUUCAAAGUUUCAGGCACAAGUUUUCUCAAUCAUAGUCAACUACUUGCUGGCGUUGAGAGCCGUGACUGGUUUGAAAGCAAUAUCCCACUGGUUGAUACCCCCGAUAAACAAAUCCAAGAUGUCUACUACUACCGCUGGCAGGUUUACAAAGAGCACCUCGUGUACACUGGUGCUCAGUACGGUUACAUGCCAAGUGAGUUCCUGCACCCGGCUGGCUACGGUGCGCCUUAUGGCGGUAUUGUAGCAGCCGCUGGGCAUCACAUCAAUGAAGGCCGCUGGAUAAGGGAUCUCAAAUACGGCCAAGAUGCUGUGAACUACUGGCUCUCUGGACCUGGACAGCUUCCAAAGCCAAUGAGGGAAGAUGUAAACAAGGAUACAUCGGACUGGGCGCACGAGUAUAGCUUUUGGGCAGCGAGUGCAGUGUGGAGGCAGUAUCUAGUGACUGGAGACCGCGAAUUUAUUGUCGGCCAACUGGAGAAUCUUGUCAAGCAGUAUCGUGGCUGGGAUACACAUUUCAAUAAUGCUCUUGGGCUAUACUGGCAGUAUCCAGUCUGGGAUGCCACUGAAUACACUGCUGCGUCUUACGAGUCGAAUGAUCCAUAUCACGGUGGAGCAGGAUUUCGACCAACACUCAAUGCGUACCAAUUCGGUGAUGCUCAAGCAAUAUCGUACAUUGCAGCUCUUAAAGGGGACUCAGAUUUGGCAGAAGAGUACAGAGGUCGUGCUAAGCAAUUACAGGACGCCUUGGAGAAACACCUCUGGGAUAAUGGAGCCGCGUUCUACAAACAUCGAGCCCGUGACAACAACCCGUCUGGAGCUUUGAUAUCCACCCGCGAAAUUAUGGGCUAUAUCCCAUGGAUAUUCAACAUGACCACCAGGGACUCCAACAUGGCCGCAUUUGCUCAGCUGAAAGAAUCGCAAGGGUUCGCUUCUGCAUAUGGGCCAACCACUGCCGAACGACGAAGCAAGUGGUUCAUGUACCAGGCUCAGGACUGUUGUCGUUGGAACGGACCUUCGUGGCCUUAUGCAACGUCUCAAACUCUCACAGCUGUAGAAAACGUUCUCAAUGACUACCCGUCUCAGAGUUACAUUACAUCGUUCGACUAUUUUACACUUCUUCAGCGCUACACUACCACCCAAUACAAAAACGGCACACCUUACGUGGCUGAAGCUCACGAUCCAGACUCGAACAGGUGGAUAUACGACGGCUACAAUCACAGCGAGGACUAUAAUCACUCUACAUUUGUAGACAACAUCCUGGCCGGGCUCCUUGGUCUACGUGCUCAACCAGACAACACACUCGUCAUCAACCCUCUGAUACCAACUUCAUGGGAACACUUCGUCGUAGAAAAUGCAGUAUACCACGGCCGCUCCAGUACUAUUCUCUGGGAUAAAACUGGGUCUUACUAUAAGCAAGGAAAAGGGCUAUUGGUUUAUGUUAAUGGCAACCUUGCUGGACGCCGCGAAUCGCUGGGAUUACUCAAGGUCGAUGUUGGUCCAGCAUCGACAAUACCUACCAGCGCAGUUGUCAACAUCGCCGCCAAUGGCCAACGAUUCCCUCAGCUAACCAAAGCUUUUGCAUCAUAUACCUCCGGAUUUGACGAUCUCGCUCGAGCUAUCGACGGCAUGGUUUGGCGCACUGGAAUCCCGCAGAAUACUCGCUGGACUUCUUAUGAUAGUCCAAAUUCUCACGACCAUUUCGGAGUCGAUCUCCGCCGGAACCAAGCUGUGUGCGAUAUUCGACUGUUCUUCUACGAUGAUGGUGGCGGCGUUCGUAUUCCCUCUUCCUAUGAUCUCCAGUACUGGGCGGGCAACAACUGGGCAACGGUUCCAAAUCAGCACCGCAGCGGCGUGCCAACCACCUCUAAUGCUGAAACGAAGAUAAUAUUUCCUACCAUCACAACAUCUCAACUGCGUGUUGUCGCACCAAAUCCUGGACCAGGCAACGGAUGGGGACUUUCGGAAUUCGAGGUGUGGACACCAGCCGUCUUCAAAAUACGCAACGAGAAUAGCGGCAAGGUCAUGGGCGUACAAGAUCGCUGGACAGCUAAUAGUGCGAAUAUCCAGCAAUUUAAUGAUAAUGCCUCCGAAGAUCUGCUGUGGCAAUUUAUCGCAGCCCCUGGCGGAUGGUGGAAAAUUAAGAAUCUUCAUAGUGGGCUCCUUUUAGCAGUGCAGUAUGCCUCCAAGGCAAACAGCGCACAGCUACAGCAAUAUGAGGAUAAUGGCACCGAUGACCAUCUAUGGAGAGUCGAGUCUAAAGGUGGCGGGUUAUUCUUCAUUCGAAACAAGAACAGCCAAAAGCUGGCGGGGGUUGAUCGCAUGUCAACUGCUCAAGGGGCCAACGUCGUUCAAUUUGAAGAUAAUGGCACCAAAGACCACCUUUGGAGUUUGCUCCCUGCAAUUUCCAAGGGAUGUUCUGCUCAAACUAACGACGACUUGUCUCGAGUGGCGAUCAUCUAG